AUGAUCGAGGAGGAGCCCACGAUCAUCAAGUGGGACAUGGGCAACAUCAUCAUCCCGGACCCGCGGGAGCUCGAGAAAACGUUGCCGCUCUACUACAAGCAUAACAACUACGCGUCCUUCCAGCGCCAGCUGAACAACUUCGGGUACCACCGCAAGUUCGCCCACUUCGUGGUCAACAACAGCGGCCAGCUCGACACGGUCUACCACAAGCUCGGCACGCCCAUGAGCUCCGACAUCGAGGACCUGCUCACGCUCCGCCCCGUGCUCGAGCGGACGUCGGACAAGAAGCGCGAGGAGGAGGCGCGCCAGCAGGUCGCGACGCCCGGCCAGAGCGACGGCGGGCCGGCGAGCCCGCGGUCGCCGGGGGGGGGCGACCCGGGCGCGGCCGCGGCGUCCGACGGCGGCGACGGCGACGGCGCCGCGGCCUCGAACGACGGCGGCGACGACGCCCGCAAGCGGCCGCGGGACCCGUCCCUCGCCGGGCAGCCCGCCGCGAAGAAGGGCGCCGCCGUGCCCUUCGCGCCGCCCUACGACUACGACCCGGGCCGCGCGCCGCCGCCCGAGGCGCGGCUCCCGGCGGCGCCGCCGCCCGCGGAGGCCGCGGCGCCGGCGGCGGCGGCCGCGGCGCCGCCGAAGAAGAAGGGCGACGGCAAGGACGUCGUCGCCGCCGUCAGCGCGCUCCUCGGUGAGAACAACGACCAGCGGCUGCGACGCGAAAAACCGACCAUGGCGCACUGGAGCCCCCGGUCCCUCGCGCUCCGGGCUGCGUGCCUCGUCGCGUGCCUGGCCGCCGCCUACGGGGCGAGCGACGACCACGGCGACGACGACCACGGCCCCUGCCACGGCGACGACCACGGCGACGACCACGGCGGCCACCACGGCGGCGAGUUCCACCACUUCAACGUCAUCUUCUUCACCGUGAUCUUCGUCAUCAUCGUCUGGGUCGCGGGCAAGGCCGCGACGGCCGUCGGGAACCCGGCGCUCGUCGGCGAGAUCGUCGCGGGCGUCAUCCUGGGGCCCCACCUCCUCGACUUCGUGCCCAACGCGGCGGUGCUCAAGGUCAUCGGCGAGGUCGGGCUCGUGCUCCACGCGUUGGAAGUCGGCCUCAUGGUCGACGUCGAGCUGCUGGAGAUCAUCGGCGCGCGCGGCAUCGGCGUGGGCGUCUUCGGCUCCGCGCUGCCCAUGGGCCUGUCCUGGCUCGUCGCGCGCGCGUGGGGCGCGCCGCCGACGAAGGCGUUCGUCGUCGGCGCGUCGAUGGCCUCCAUCUGCACGGGCAUCACGCUCAACGUGCUCAAGGUCGGGUCCGUGCUGAACCAGCCCAUCGGCCAGCUGAUCAUCGCGGCGGCGACGGUGAACGAGAUCAUCCAGAUCAUGCUCCUGACGUGCGCGGAGAACCUCGUCGACGGCGCGGCCGUCGACGAGUACGUCGCGCCCAUCCUCAUCAUGGUCGUCCUCAUCGCCGUCGUCGGCUUCCUGGCCAUCCUGCACCUGGGCACGCUGGGCAAGGCGUCGCUCCUCUUCUCGACGAUGGUCGGCAAGCUCGCCAUGGGCCUCUUCGCCCAGCCCCUCGACGGGGACCACUUCUGGAUCUUAGCGCUGGCCUGGGGCGAGUGGGGCGAGAUGUCGUUCUUCAUCGCGGCGGCCGCGUUCAAGAAGAAGCACGGCGACGCGGGCAUCAUCGACGAGAACACGUACAACGCCAUCUGCCUCGCCGUCGUCGCGUCCAUGGUCAUCUGCCCCGCCUGGCUCCGGUCGUCGCUGGAGAAGUACGAGCAGCGCGCCAAGUACCUCAUCGCCGAGGCCAUCGCGGACACCGCGGACCUCAGCGGCGCGGCCCACGCGACCUACUUCUGCCUCCAGACCAAGUCGCACGCCCACUGGGAGCAGAGCGACCACCUCCAGACGGCGAUGACGCGCAUGGGCUGCGAGAUCAUCGACUACCGCCAGUGGCACCCGAACGACCACUUCGGCCUCGCGCACUGCGUCAACGAGAUGUACAUCCGCGACGACGCGCUGCGGUUGCCGACGGCCAUGGAGAUGACGACGGAGGAGACGCUCGCGCUGACGGACCGCAUCGACCAGCUCCUCGACGCGGUCCGCGAGGCGCUCCACGAGGACGAGCACCAGGGCGCGGAGAUCCGCGUGCAGCGCUGGCUGCCGGGCUGCCACGUCGAGACCGACGAGGCGACGGGCGACCAGCACCUCGAGGUCAACGCCGACGCCCGCCAAAAGGUCCAGACGCUGACGACGGACACGAGCGUCUACCGCGGCGCCGACGGCAAGCUCCACGGCAAGCUCCACGGCGCGUGGAAGCACAUGACCCACCGCUCGCGGACGGCGUCCAUCCAGAUCGCCGAGCCCCACGUCGUGCCGUCCGAGAGCGGCGGCGCCGACGACGGCGCGUCCGCGACGGACGACCGGGACCUCGAGGGCUUCGACGUCGCGUCGGAGACGGGGUCGCUCCACGGCUCGCUGCGCAGAGGGGAGCGGGGCCUGCCCAAGGGCCACGACUCGUCGAACGUGCUCGCGGCGCUCGGGAGCGCCGCCCGGCGCGCCUUCGAGCCCACGCGGCGCGAGAAGGGCCUCGAGUCGGACACGCUGUCGAACGCGCUGCACGCGGAGGCGCACCACGAGCUCGACGGCUUCGUGCACCACGACGCCCACCACCCCUUCGCGCUCCCCGACGACGACGACCACGAGAAGGAGGACGAUUUGUUGUUCGGCUCCGGGGACCGCGCGCACCACGGGCCCGGCGCGCACCGGCGGCCGUCGUUCCAGCGCCGGCCGUCGUACGGAGAAAAGCCCAAAUCCAAGUCGUCGCUGCCCACGCUCAACGACGACCGCCACGAGCAGGAGGACUGGCACCAGCACGACGUCGAGGUCGCCGGCGACCUGGGCUACGUGCAGACGCUCGUCGAGGUCGACCGGCAGCACCCGCGCGAGCCCCGGCGGCCGUCGCUGCGCCGGGGCCGGUCCGCCACGUCCGUCGCGAGCGACGACGAGGCGACGCCGG